AUGACGUUCAGAGCAUGGUUUGUAUGGUUAGUAAUGGCUUGUGUUGCGACUUUGUGCUUCGCUGAGGUUAAAAUGCGUCGAAAGAUACGGAUCCUCCCGUUCCAAGCACCUCCAAAACCAAAACUCAAGGGACCUCGCAAAAAGCCUAGAACAGGUGAAGAAGAAAUCAAGAUCGACCCCAUCAGAGAACAAGCAAGGAUUGAGAAGAAAAAGUUGAAAGCUGGACGGCGGCCGAAGCAAUACAAACACAGUCUCUCUGAAGGAUAUACCGGUGUCGAUCUCGACCAUUUCCAUUUAUAUAACAAAUUACCCAUCGAGUUGCGGACGAUGAUUUUGAAGCACGCAGCAGUUCCCCGAAAGAUCUGCUUGCAUUUCCGAUGGAUGAGGCAGGACGGUAAGCCUAAAGGACAGAAAUUUGCUCUCAAGUGGCAGACCGAUGUACCUGCGAUGCUUGCCGUCGACCGAGAGACGAGAACGCUUGCAAAACUUUUCUACAAACCGCUCCUUCAUAUUUCACUUGGAGGUCUCGUUGUGUAUUUCAAUUACGAGACGGAUAUUCUCUAUUUUGGAAGAAAGCUGUUGAAAGACGUUAGACUGUUGAAACAAUGGUUCAGCAACAGCUUCAACCUUUCUAGUUCCAACACUCCGGAGCGAAUGGCUGAGGUGAAGCUCAUGUGUAAAAAUGUACGACACAUCGCGAUCAACAACUUACAGUGGUUGCCAGAUCUGGCGUUAAUACUCGGCGAAUUCCAGCACCUGCAGACUAUCACAUGUUACCACAAGGAAGAAUACGAAAUCGAAGACAACGUCAGAGUAGGGGACACGAAAUUUCUUGAGUUUUGGAAGCAGAAGGCCAUCGAUAGAAAACAGACGGACUACAAGACACCUGUUUUCAACUUUAGCAAAACCUUUUGGCAAGAGUAUACUGAUGUCUCCCCCAAAGCUAUAAGAAGGCGACAGCGAAGGAAGGAGAAGAUAGAACAUCGAAGGGACCUCCUCUUCCGUAUGGCUUGUAAGGCUGGUGACUCCGGUCCAAAUCGUCGUAAGCGGACGGUGGUGGAAGUCAAACCAUACAAUUGGUGGGUAAAGGAUGAAGAAACGGAUAAAAGUGCUACGGCUUCUGAGAAAUAA